GGGAAGUCAGAAAGUUUAUUUUUUAACUUCAAGUUUAUUCAGUUCAUUAUCAUUGCGUCUAAAUUAGUAUGUUAACCGAAAUAUGAAGUGAUAAACAUUGCUCCAAGCGAUAGUCAUAAAAUGAAUUCAAGUUCAUAGUCAAAUUUAACAAUUUUAGUGUUUUAAUGCUUAAAAUAAGAAAAUCAGAACAUAAAAAAUAUUAAACAAUGAAAUUGUAUAGAAUUGUUCAUCACCAGCGAAGUGUCUAUCCUGAAGACCUUUUAUUAAAUCCCAAAGAACAUCCGACAGUUAAGAAAGGAGAUAUCGUGGAAAUUUAUCAUCCUGAAGAUGAUGAUGAGAAAGGACAACAACGAUGUCGGCUUCUUUUACAAGUUAGCCUUGCUAAGGAUUCACAAAGUCAAAGUCGCGACUAUGUUAGUGUCGAAUCUUCAAUUGCUCUCACAUUUAAUCUUAAGAAUUACGGAGACGUUUACAUGCGUGUAAUUAAUGAUCCAGCUUCGGUCGCCCUUGACAGUGUUGAGAUAACUUUCAAGGAUCAAUAUAUGGGCAGAUCAGAAAUGUGGCGCCUUAAGCAAUUUCUUACCAACACUUGUGUUUAUAUCAACAAAAAAAUCGAGUAUUGCGAGUCAAUUCGCUGCCAAGUUUAUGAAAUGUGGUCAAUGGGUGAACGCGUCGCUUGUGGCGUCAUAAACGACGACACAAAAGUUGUCUUUCGUUCAUGCACAAGUUUAGUUUAUCUUUUCAUCCAAAUGAGCUCAGAAAUGUGGGAUUUCGACAUUCACGGUGAUCUCUAUUUUGAGAAAGCUGUGAAUGGAUUUCUCACAGAUCUGUUUGCUAAAUGGAAGAAACAAAGUAGUAAUCAUGAAGUGACAAUUGUUCUUUUCUCGAGAACUUUCUAUGCUGCAAAAUGUUUGGAUGAAUUUCCUGUUCAUAUGCGUGAUUGUCUUCAACAAGAUUAUCGUGGACGUUAUUAUGAAGAUUUUUAUCGAGUAGCAAUUCAGAAUGAGAGGAAUGACGAUUGGAGUACGAUUCUUGUUCAACUUCGAAGACUUUUCACUGCAUAUCAAGACAUGGUUUUGAAUUAUCAUCAACGACCUGGCGUCAUGAUUCCACCAGCAACAAACUCAACAGCAGCUCAAGGAAAUUUCCUUGAAGUUCUCAACAUUUCACUCAAUGUCUUUGAGAAACAUUAUUUGGAUCGAAGUUUUGAUCGCACUGGUCAAUUAUCAGUCGUCAUAACGCCAGGUGUCGGUGUUUUUGAAGUUGAUCGUGAACUUACAAACAUCACAAAACAAAGGAUAAUCGACAAUGGUGUAUCGAGUGAUUUAGUAUGUGUUGGUGAACAACCGCUUCAUGCUGUGCCUUUACUGAAGUUUCAUUACAAAGAUUCAUCAUUGACAUCUGUCGAUGAUUAUUCAAUGCCUCAUUGGAUCAAUUUAAGCUUCUAUUCAACCAACAAAAAAGUCGCUUAUUCAUCGUUUAUUCCACGAAUUAAAUUGCCGCCACUUAUCAAAAAGAACGAAGAAGAGGCAAAUGCAGCUCAGAUUAGAAAGUUGAAGGAAGAAAUUAGUUUUUAUGAUGAUUCAAAUACUGAAUAUAUUCACAAUUCACUCUUCGAUUACGAUGCCUAUGACGCUCAAGUGUUUGUGUUGCCUAGUCAUGGAACAAGUUCUUCAUUACAGAGAUUGUCAAGAACGAAGAAAAUUUCAGUGCCAAGUCUUGACGGUAUUGGAGUUGGAUAUUCGACUUCAGUAUCAUCAGCUAAGGAAUGGGAUUUUCCAACAACCACAAAAAGUCAUCGAAGGAAAAUGUCUGAUCCGGAUAUUCAUCAUUCAAAUUAUAACAACAUUUACGAGAAUAAUUCUCCAGUGCUGAAGGAAUCUGUUUCACAAUCAGCUUUGCCGAUAACAGCAGCGACAGUGACGAAGAUAAGUCGAAAAUCACUUCAUCGUACAACACCUUUCAUUAGAAACGGACGUGCAUUAAUUAAUCCUUUCGAUCCAUCACAUGUGACAAUCAAAUUGACAUCAAAUCGACGACGUUGGUCGCAUAUUUUUCCAAAAGGUCCUACUGGUGUUCUCAUUCAACAACAUCAUUAUCAAGCUGUGCCAACAACUCAAUCAUCGGAAGCAAACUUUUCACGUGAAGAUUCUUUUACAUUGUCGAAUUGCGAUGAUUAUGCGCAUACAUCUUUGUGUCAAGUUGCAUGGCGACAGAAGCAAAACUCAAUUAGUAAAUCUUUUGAGAAAUUUGAUGAAGAUUUCAAUCGUUCAAGUGUCAAUAACACGCCAGUAGAUCGUCUUGGUUAUUUGAGUGAACAAAUAUUUGGUCAAAAGCGUAAGCCAUCAAUGAUGAAUUCGCCUUUUGGAUCAUCAGCAACAGCAACACCUUCUAAAACACUUCUUUGGGGUGCAACAGGUGAACAAGAAUGGACACCAGCACUAACAACGGCUGGCAAGACAAUCAUAGGUGUUGAUUGGAAGUCUUUGACAAUACCUGCAUGCCUUCCAAUAACAACGGACUACUUUCCUGAUAAACGCUCGUUAAAUAAUGAUUAUGUGUUGUCAAUCUAUCAAUUAUUACCGGAUGAUGUCAACGCUGACUUUAUGAGGCAUCGAGCAGUUCAGAGGAAGCCGCUUUCAACGGAAGAAGUCUUUAAAGAGCUCGUGUCACAACGAUUAGCUCAAGGAUUUCAAUUGAUUGUUCUUCCUGAACCACCACAACAACCGUCAUUUGCACCAUGCUGUGGUGGAUCAAUACAAACAAAACCAUCGCCUUCAGUUGUCGCUCCUGUUUCACCUGAACAUACAAAGGAAUUUCUUCUCUCAAUCGGUCGGAUCUUUCAUAAAAUUACUUUAACUGGAUCUGAAAUCAAAGUGACACGUUAUCGACCACGACAUGCUUACACGCCGAUUAACGUUGAUUAUCGUUAUCGAUUUCACGCACCAAAUCAUGACACUUAUGAAGUGUCGGGUGUGAGAUUCACAACAGAGAAGUUGGAGAAUUUCAGUUGGAAUCAUAUGGAUCAAUACAUUUGCACUCGUGGUGACACUGACUUCAUGCUUCAAGAGUCAUUAAAAUACUGGCGCUAUCGAAUGUAUCUUCUACCUAAAGACGAUCCAAUAAUGAAACGAAUCAUCGAUGAAAACACUGAACAUUGCGAUGUUUACAUUCGUGAGAAUUCUCAGCUGCUCGUUAAGCAACAGGUUGAAGAAUUUCUCCGUUUUGUUGAGACGCACUUGAAUAAAAUUAAACGCGUGAAGAAGCCGAGGGGAAGUCCAACGACGCAACAAUCACAUUUAACAAGACGUCGACACAGUACAAGCACCAGCAUACAAUCACGUCCACCAGCUGUUCAGAAUCAGUUGUCAUAUUUGCUUCAUAAUUUGAUGUUAACACCAAAUCCAAGUCCCACACAAUCGCCAAUAAGAUUGCAAAAGUGUCAUAGCACGAGUGACUUGAUUUUCAGUGCAAUAAGAUCGGGAUCGAAGAUUGAGACGAAAUCAAUGUCAAUGGCAUUGCAAGCGACACUUGCUGAGAAGGCAACAUUGAAAGGGGAAAGUGAAGACAAUGACGAUUGCUUUGCACCUGAACCACCAAAACUUAAAUCGUCAUCACCAAUCACAGAAAUCUUCGAAGCUUUCAAAAAUCCAUUGACUGGAGUUGGUUUCCUGGAACCACUUCCAAGCAUGCCUUCACUUGCCUUCUGUUCUUACGAUGCCAUCAUGUGGCUUCACAAUCGGAUCGAAGGUGUCAUCGAUGCUAUUGAAAUUCUUGAAAUAAUGCGAUCGAAAAAGUUGAUUUGCCAUGCAAGUGGCGACUUCACAACACCGAUCAUUGCAGGCUUUUAUCUUUAUUACAUCGUCAAUCAAGAUCCUGAUUCACCUGACUUCCGCAAACCUCUUGGUGAUCGGGAAGCUUUCGAGAAUGAGUGGAUGGAAGUUGAGAUUCCACUCAAAUAUGUCAUCACAAAUCCAUCAUCGGCUUUGUCAUCUCCAAGUGAAAGAAUUCUCACCGAAGUUGACGUUCCAUCGUUUUUAAGAGACGAAUAUAAUCAAAGAAAUAUUGAUGGAAGACUUUAUCGGCAAUCUCAUUUAGAGGUUGAUUUGUCAUCGAAAAGUGAUCGAAUUGAGUGGGGACAUGCGAGAUAUCACAAGCAAUUCCAACCAGGAAGUUCUUUUGAAAUUACAGUUCAAUGGUUGACAGCAUCAGGUCCGAUUGUCUUUGAUUUAAUCUACGGUUGGAUUCGAAAAGCGCAGCAAUGUGGUUAUCAACUUGUGCCCAUUCCUGCAGAUCCAAUGGCUGAACCUUUCAUCGAUAAAUCAGAUCCAUUACGUGGUCCAAUGUUUGUGCCUUUAAACAUCGAUUGUCUCAUGCAAAAUCGUUCGGAGUUGUUCGAAGACUUCAAGAAGGAAACUUGGGCUGAUCGAAUGCUUUUAUUUCAAGAUGAAAUUGUGAGACGAUUUGGUUUUGUGAUGCGUGCAUGUGAGACACAAACGGGAACGAAUGACAUAAGUGUCGACUGGCAAUACGUUCAUGUGACUGGAAAUAUGUUCAUUUUAGUUCCAUCAAGUGAUCGACCGUCGUUGAGACGUCUUGGUUUGAGCGUAGGCGGUCAUUCAAGUCCAUUGGCUGAAAGUUUAGGUGCACAGAAACGACUGAAGAAUUAUUACCACGGUCAACAAGAUUCGGGCCCACAAAAAGAAAAUUAUAUCAGUAGACAUGUUCAAAAAGAUCCAAACGUGUCGAAAGAUUCAAGUGACGAUGGAUUCAGUAAUGGAAUCAGUGGAAUUAAAAUCGGAUUCUUAUGGCAAUGGAAUCACAUGAUAGCUAAUAAGAAAUGGAAAUCUCUUGUGAUUAACGGAACUGAUGAACUUUUCCAACUUCGACUGCUUCGAAUUGGAAGAGAUUUGGUCAAAGCGCUUGUUGAAAACGGCGCAAAUGUUGUUGGUGUUUCUCGUUCUGCUGGUCCAUUAGAUGCGCUUAAAGAAGAGUUGAAAGGUAAAAAAUUCCAUCCCGUUCAGCUCGACUUGGGAAAUUGGAAAUUAACAAAGGAAACGCUUGGCAAGUUGGACAUGAAAUUCGAUGGAAUUGUUAACAACGCCGGCAUCGCUGUUGUUAAUCCAAUUGAAAAAGUCACAGAAGAAGAGAUUGAUCUAUUGUUCAAUGUGAACUGGAAAGGUUGUUUCAAUGUCAUUCAAACUCUUCUGCCGAAGAUUAAAGAAGGCGGAUCAAUCGUCAAUGUGUCUUCGGUGUCUGGACUAACAAGCUUUUGGGGACAUGGUGUAUAUUCUUCAACAAAAGCUGCUCUAGAUGCUCUCACAACCACUCUGGCUAUUGAACUUGCUCCGAAGAAAAUUCGUGUGAAUUCUGUUAAUCCAACAGUUAUCCUAACAAAGUUGGGUCGUGAAGCUUGGGCUGAUCCAGAAAAGUCAAACGCAAUGAAAGAAAAAAUUCCAUUUAAGAGGUUUGGCGAAAUUAAGGAAGUCGUUGAGCCCAUCAUGUUCUUAUUGAGUGAUCAAUCCAGUUACAUCAAUGGUAUUAAAAUGCCGAUCGAAGAUCCGCAAUGGGAUAUUGAAAAAGUGAAAGAACUGGUUGCACCUCAACUUGGGUUACAGCCUAAUGAAGUAAAAAUUAUAUUUGCUGGAAAAGAGUUAGAAGAUUCGACGACAAUAAGCGAAUGUGACUUGGGACAGAAAAGUGUUUUGCAUGCAGUUAAAGCACGUUCAAGACGAAAUGAAGAGAUAAAGACUAAAAAGUGCCUUGAAUCGAUCUUCGAUGAAGCAGUUGAAGAUGCAGGAGCUUUAUCGUCAAAACCUUUUUCUUCAACUUUAAUUGACCUUCAGAUUAGUAACGAAGAGAGACAAAAUCUUCAAUUAGCUGAUGUUGAACGAACAAAGGCUCAUUUCUUCGUUCAUUGUCCUGAGUGUAAAAAACUUUGUCGUGGAAAGUUGAGAGUUCGUUGUAAUAUUUGUAAAGGUGGCGCGUUUACAGUUCAUCGUGAUCCAAGUUGUUGGGAAGACGUUCUCGAGCCAAACCGUAUUCAUGGACAUUGUGAAAGUAACGAAAUUGCUUGUGUAUCAAAUGAAGAAAAUGAUUUGCCAUUUGCUGAAUUUUAUUUCAAAUGUGCGGAACAUCCAUCAGGUGGUGAAAAAGAUUUCGCAGCUCCAUUAAAUUUAAUAAAAACAAAUCUAAAAAAUGUGCCAUGUCUUGCGUGUGGUGAUGUCAACGAUCCAGUUAUUGUCUUUCCUUGUGCAGCCGGUCAUGUCAGUUGUUUAGAUUGCUUUCAACUUUAUUGUUCGUCACGUCUUCAAGAUCGACAAUUUAUGCCCCAUCCAGACAUCGGCUACACAUUGCCAUGUCCCGUAGGCUGUGAGAAUUCCUUCAUCGAAGAAGUUCAUCAUUUUAAACUCUUAUCAAAGGAACAAUAUGAUCGUUACCAACGUUUUGCUACUGAAGAAUUUGUAUUACAAUCAGGCGGCGUUUUAUGUCCACAACCUAAUUGCGGAAUGGGAAUUAUUGUUGAUGAAGACUGUACGAGAGUUCAUUGUCUGAGUGGAUGUGGCUUCGUCUUUUGUAAAAAUUGCCGACAAGGCUUUCACAUUGGUGAUUGCAUUCCUGAUUCACCAGCUGUUAACAACACUUCAAGCAGUUGUGAAUAUGCAGUUGAUCCCAAUCGUGUUGCUGGUGCACGAUGGGAUGAAUCGUCGAAAAUCACAAUAAAAGUCACAACAAAGCCGUGUCCGAAAUGUCGUACACCAACAGAACGUGCUGGCGGUUGUAUGCACAUGGCGUGCACAAGAGCUGGUUGCAAUUUUGAAUGGUGUUGGAUUUGUCAAACUGAAUGGACACGUGAUUGUAUGGGAGCGCAUUGGUUUGGCUAAAUAUGACUCUUGUUAGUUGAGCAAUUAGUUAAUUAAUUGUGUAAAUUAAGUCUGAUAUUAAUCAAAAUAAACAACAUGUAACUUUUGAUGGAUUAGAUUUGUUUUAUUUUGCAAUAAAAAAAGAG